UCCGCUGUUUAUUAAAUAUAGGCCAGCUGUGCGCAUCACAAAUCCCCAAAUGAUUGCCUUUCGGGUCUUUUUUCGCCUCGUGCCAUUGGCUGACCACUGGCCUGAUUUCCGCUGAUCUGCAUGUGCGAGCAUGUGAGACAGUACUUAACACACACAAACUCUGGCUCUCACACUCACAUUCAGAGAGACACAAGAUGCAGCUGUUAUCCUACUGCGCUCUUUAGACCGCUGCUGGCCUGACUCUCUCAUCCUCCAUCAGCCGACGCUCUUCUGUCAGCAGAAGCAUGCAACGAUUGCUGGACAGCAGCUGGAUAAAGUUUGGACCUGCUGGAAGAGAUGACUGGGUGUCUGGGUCCCCAUCGCCGCCUACUGCAGUACAACGACCACAGGGUUACCACUGGAAUGAGCUUUCGAGCCAAAACGACGGGAAAUCGGAGCUUGUCCUGUACAUCAUCCUCCCGCUCGCCACGCUCCUCGUGUUCGGUGCCGUGUUCGUCCUCGUUUACCGGAGGUUCAGGCAGAACAAGCUCGGACUGGCCAACAUCAUCGCGCUGGACCUGCAGGACCCGGAGCGCAACGCCGAGAUCCUGUCGUCACUCACCGGGAACGCGGAGCGGCUGAACAGCACGAGCUCGGACAUGUCUGACGGGGUGUUCCUCAUGGUUUACCUCCCGCCGCCCUACGAGGACACGCUGACCAAGAUCACGCGAGCCGCGAGCCUCAGCAGCGGGAAAGACGUCGAGUCCAUCACGAUCGAAGACCUCGAGGCCAAACUGUGUCCAGAGCUCGUGUCCAGCGGGGAGUUCGUCUGAGAAGCAACGAAGAAGCUUACUAAAGAGACUCCGGGGCUAGAUGUCACAGAGCCCUGCUGCUGGGGAACAAUUAAAUAAUAAGACCAUCCCAAAAAAUUACAAUGGUUUCCACUACAUACAUUAUAAACCAUUAACUUUUAACCAUUUAAACCAUUAAAAAUGGUGUAGUGUGUGUUUUGUGACUUGUUCCAUAAAGAUUUACUGGUUUUAACAAGCCACCAAUAGAAGUUUUCCAUUAUAACCAGUUAAACCAUUAGAAAUAGUGUGAUGGUGUCUACUGUUUUUUUUUUUUUCAGCAGGGAGUGAAGAUGACACAAGGGCUAUCUCAGUUUUUUGUUGUCCUCUUGUCUGUCCGUUGAUUUCUAAUCUAUUAAACUAAAAUAACAGAGAAAAACUUAAAAGUAUGUGCCUGACUUUCUAUACUUUUUUAUACUUUACCAUAAUAGAGAUCUUGAUAUUCAUAUUAGUUUCACAUUACAACAAUGUAUUGUAUACCACAUGGACAUGAGAGUAUAGUUGUGCUUGUAUUUACAGUAGGCUGAGUAAUCACUGUGUGUUUUACUUUGAACUAUUGCCUAGUUAGACGCACUUUGUGUUGUACCACAAUUUUUAGUAGAGACUAUCACAGUAUUAUGUCAUGUUUUUAUAUCUGCAAGACUGCAUCAGUCAUAGUUUGCAUAAAUAAUUAGCACGAUGCUGGCAGGUUUUGCAUUAUCAUGUAGUCAUCUAAACCAUUUCUAAUAAAGACCAUAUUAAAGGCU